UGUUUGGAUUAAUCCGGAACCGAGUUACAGUUCUUUGUUUUUAUUGGCCAGUAAUUGCACAUUCUGAUUGGUUGAUGCCAGAAUCCUUCCCGCGUAAACAAGAGGUAUAUAAACCCGCUUUAGCUUCAAAAAUUAUCAAGCAACUUCAGUGUGUUUCUUCAAAUAUUGAUCUUCUAGUCUCCGAAACUGACAAUGUCUGGACGUGGUAAGGGAGGAAAGCAACGCGCCAAGGCCAAGAGCCGAUCUGCCAGAGCUGGUCUGCAGUUCCCCGUGGGCCGUGUCCACCGUUUCCUGCGCAAGGGCAACUAUGCCGAGCGUGUGGGUGCUGGUGCCCCGGUCUACCUGGCUGCCGUCAUGGAGUACCUGGCCGCUGAAAUCCUCGAGCUGGCCGGAAACGCCGCCCGUGACAACAAGAAAACGAGAAUCAACCCCCGUCACUUGCAGCUGGCCAUCCGCAACGACGAAGAGCUGAACAAGCUUCUCAGCGGUGUCACCAUCGCCCAGGGCGGUGUACUGCCCAACAUCCAAGCCGUUCUGCUGCCCAAGAAGUCUGCAGCCGGCAAGGGCGGGAAGAAAUCCUCGCAGUCCCUGGAGUACUAAACGACGACCGGCCAAGCCCGCUCCAAAACCAAACGGCUCUUUUCAGAGCCAACAAACGACAAAAGAGAUUAUUUCCAAGUCUGCGUGGUGUUCCAAAAUCAAACAAGCUUGCGGUCUUAACUGGGCCAGGAUAUGUGCAGAGUGGAACUUGACACAAAACAUUUAGGCCUAGGCCUACCAUACAAUGCCUCGCCUGAAAUGGCAUUGUACGCCUUUGGGGCUGUUUCAUUCGAUACUGUGACCCAGCAGCGUUUAUGCAGUGAAAUGAAUUGAAACUGUCCUAACAUUAUACAAUUCAAUGUCGUCUUACUCAGGUUUUUUUGUUGUAGGCCUAUUCUCAUUCCUAUCCUGGAGCACGGAUUGCAUAAUUUAUAAACUGUGAAUUUGGGGCAAUGAACCCCCCCCCAAAAAAAGAAACUUCUCUAAAAAUUGACGAGAUGAUAUUUCCCUCCCAAAAGCAUGCAAAAAGCCCCAAAGUAGCUUUCCCCUCAGGAAGGACGAAAGGUUACAUGAACAAAUAUUUGUACAUAACUGUAUGUACAGUACAUGUAUGAUUUCAGUCUCCCCCCUCAAGAAUUGAAGAUGUGGUUUCUGAAUUCACCCUUGACUGAACAAAAGCUCAAUCUCAAAUACCUGUAUGUGCUUUCUAGUCCUUCAGGCUUAGCCACCGUCCUCAUCCCAGGCUUCAUGUCCAAAAAAGACAUUUUACUAGCAUUAAAAUCAGUAGCAUAGCUGGGGCUAUUUGUCCAGAAGCGCCUGUGGGUGCACAAACUUUUUCAAGGGGGCAUCACAAGAAAUAAUAUCAGCUACAUAUCUGAAGAAACUCGAAAGAGAUUGUUCGCAGAUUUCAAAGGGGGCGGGCACGGGCAUCCCCCCAUAGUCUGUACAAUUGUGAGUGUGCGCAUACAUGUACACUGUACAGGUGAACCUCAGUCCUUUGGACAGAUUACAUGUACAUAUAUUAUCAAGUAUAAAAAACAACAAAGGAUUUAGACCUUAACAUUUCCUUAAAAGUAGAAUGUAUUAUGUGCUCACAAUAUAUACAGUGGCACACUGUUAUGAGAUAACAUGGUCCUUGGGACUAGACUUCACAGAUUACCUUGUUAUAACACCUUGCAUUAUCGGUAAUGAAAAACAAAGACUUGGGACCAUGUACAUGUAUACUGUAUGUAGAUAACCCAGGAAAGUAUAUGUACGAGGUAAAAGCUUAUGUUCCAAGUCAAAAUAUCUGGGCAAAAUGUCACGGGCAAAAAUUUGGUUUGAGACCAAAUUGAAGGGCCAUCGACUGUUCAACAGUAUGCAAGUGCAGAAGCUUAAGUGCAUAAUUUGGAAAAACUCCAUGGCCCUCCAAUGCUACGGUCUGUACGUAAUGCGCAGGGAUAAUGGUAAUAAGGGUGUAGAGACAUUCCGUAAUAGGCACUAUACAGUAUAAGAACUCAUCAGUGCUAUUACAUGUACAUGAACAAGACACUAAUAUCCAAAUUGGAUACUUCAUUCAACACUUGAUGUUCAAUCAUGCCGAACAACUUCAACAGCUUUGAAUUGAUUUAAUUUCAUUCAAAAUAAAUAUGACUGUUGCGAUUACAAAAAAAGGGACCCGUGUUGCUACUUUGUUCCCCAACCAAAUUCCUUUCUUAUAGUUCAAGAAUAUUGCAUGUUCAUUUUUUCACCAAACACAACAAAGACGGCACAUUGGAAACCUAUUGCCAUAAACCCUGCUUAGCCUCACUGCUUAUGGGCAGAGAAUGCGAAUGAUAGACCUCUCAGUACACACAUGUGCAUGUAUCACAAACAUUUUGGCUAGAUCUGGCUGUAGCAACAGUCAAAUCUCCACGUUGUGCAACCUGUUGGAUCAAGUACAUGUACAAAACUUGUGCAACCUGAACUUGUGCAACCUGUUGGAGCAUGUACAAAACUUGUGCAACCUGAACUUGUGCAACCUGUUGGAGCAUGUACAAAACUUGUGCAACCUGUUGGAGCAUGUAUAAACUUGUGCAACCUGUUGGAGCAUGUACAUGUAGAAAACUUGUGCAACCCGUUGGAUCAAGUACAUGUAGAAAACUUGUGCAACC